UGCGGCGCUCCGGGGAGCCGAGUGGGGCUGCGCGAAGGAGCCUAGUGGUGCCGCCGCCGCCGCCGCCGCCACUUCACUGGGGGGGAAAAAAGCGGCUGUCUGUCUUCCGUGCCCGGAAUCCCAGUCAGGAGUUCCAGCCUGCCGCUGUUCUCUGAUGCCAUGCCAGCACCGACGCAACUGUUUUUCCCUCUCAUCCGUAACUGUGAACUGAGCAGAAUCUAUGGCACUGCAUGUUACUGCCAUCACAAACAUCUCUGCUGUUCACCGCCCUACGUUCCUCAGAGUCGCCUGAGAUACACACCCCAUCCAGCAUAUGCUACCUUUUGUAGGCCAAAGGAGAGCUGGUGGCAGUAUACCCAAGGAAGGAGAUAUGCUUCUACACCACAGAAGUUUUACCUCACACCUCCACAAGUCAACAGCAUCCUUAAAGCUAAUGAAUACAGUUUCAAAGUGCCAGAAUUUGAUGGCAAAAACGUCAGUUCCAUCCUUGGAUUCGAUAGCAAUCAGCUACCUGCAAAUGCCCCCAUUGAGGAUCGGAGAAGCGCAGCAACCUGCUUGCAGACCAGAGGGAUGCUUUUGGGGGUGUUCGAUGGCCACGCGGGCUGUGCUUGUUCCCAGGCAGUCAGUGAAAGACUCUUUUAUUAUAUUGCUGUCUCUUUGUUACCCCAUGAGACUUUGCUAGAGAUUGAAAAUGCAGUGGAGAGUGGUCGUGCACUGCUGCCCAUUCUUCAGUGGCACAAGCAUCCCAAUGAUUAUUUCAGUAAGGAGGCAUCGAAAUUGUACUUUAACAGCCUGAGGACUUACUGGCAAGAGCUUAUAGACCUCAACACCGGAGAGUCAAGUGAUAUUGAUGUUAAGGAGGCUUUAAUUAAUGCUUUCAAGAGACUUGAUAAUGACAUCUCCUUGGAGGCUCAAGUUGGUGAUCCUAAUUCUUUUCUCAAUUACCUGGUGCUUCGGGUGGCAUUUUCUGGGGCCACUGCUUGUGUGGCCCAUGUGGAUGGUGUUGACCUUCAUGUGGCCAAUACUGGUGAUAGCAGAGCCAUGUUGGGUGUGCAGGAAGAGGAUGGCUCUUGGUCAGCAGUCACACUUUCUAAUGACCACAAUGCUCAGAACGAAAGAGAAAUAGAACGACUGAAACUGGAACACCCAAAGAAUGAGGCCAAGAGUGUAGUGAAACAGGAUCGACUGCUCGGCUUGCUGAUGCCUUUUAGGGCUUUUGGAGAUGUAAAGUUCAAAUGGAGCAUUGACCUUCAAAAGAGAGUGAUAGAAUCUGGCCCAGACCAGUUGAAUGACAAUGAAUACACCAAGUUUAUCCCUCCUAAUUACCACACACCUCCUUAUCUCACUGCUGAGCCAGAGGUAACUUACCACCGAUUAAGGCCACAGGACAAAUUUCUGGUGUUGGCUACUGAUGGGUUGUGGGAGACUAUGCAUAGGCAGGAUGUGGUUAGGAUUGUGGGUGAGUACUUAACGGGUAUGCAUCACCAACAGCCGAUAGCUGUUGGUGGCUACAAGGUAACUUUGGGACAGAUGCAUGGCCUUUUAACAGAAAGGAGAGCCAAGAUGUCCUCAGUAUUUGAGGAUCAGAAUGCAGCAACCCAUCUCAUUCGCCAUGCUGUGGGCAACAACGAGUUUGGGACUGUUGAUCAUGAGCGUCUUUCCAAAAUGCUUAGUCUUCCUGAAGAGCUUGCUCGGAUGUACAGAGAUGAUAUUACAAUCAUUGUAGUUCAGUUCAAUUCUCAUGUUGUAGGGGCAUAUCAAAACCAGGAAUAGUGAGUGGACCUUAUCCUGACAAUUCUCCAAUUUAAAGGGCAGAUAGAAUUUUUCAGUGUACCAAUAUAGUAUACCUUUCCAGUGGGUCAUUGUAAGCAUUUACCCAUUUGAUACUCUAGGUAGUCAAGUAUUCCCAAUUGACUGCAGCAGGUUACAUGAUCAUCUCUUCUGCCUAGACAGACUUACUACACUUGAAGCAAGUCAGUUUCUUAUUGCAAGUGUCCUGAGACAUUAUUCUUUUACCAACCUGAGAAUAUCAGAUUAUCUGACAGACAUGAUCUCGAGCAAUCAAAAAACAAAGAUCUUGCAGGAUUCUCUUCUUGGUAAAAAGUGGGAAUACUUAGGGUUCACUCCUGCACACUCUUUACCAAGAUCCUAAUGUACAAAAGAAUAUUUGUUUAUUGCAUGAUUUUCUAGAUUUACAAUCUAUGCAUUAUUCACAUGUAUUUAUUUUAGCAGAAGUGAUUUUCAGAUCCAGUACUUUAAGCCAUAAGUGACUCUAAACCAAGCAA